AGGUACUAGUAUAGUAUACUGGAUCUCUAAUAUUUUCCUAGCUUUGGUUUUUGAAUAGGGUUUUCUUCUCUCUUUGCGACGAUUCAUAGCCAUUACCGCAACUCUAAAUUAAUUAAUGCGAAUGCGACUAUAGAAGAAGAAGAAGGAGAUGCCGAAUUAUACCGGGUUUGAUCAGCGUUCUGGACCCGCCGGUGGACCUCCCAAUACUCGUCCCUUUUUUGGUUUUUCUCGUCCCCCUCCUCCUUCAACACACAGCUCCAUUGAACCUCCUGGUUGGAAUGAUGCUCAGAAUCUGUUCCAUAAAGGUUUGGGUCCCCAACCUUCUCAAAGGCGCACUUCAGCCACAACACUUGUUGCUUCGCGUGGUUCUGCAACUGGUGUUACAGCCAAAGUCUAUAGAUCUCCACACCUCGAAAGAAACCGUUCUCCUCCUAUAUCAUACGCGGAUAUUGAUGAUUCCAUGACCGGUGUUACAGCCAGAGUCUAUACAUCUCCACGCGAAAGAACCCGUUCUCCUAUAUCAUAUGCAGAUAUUGAUGAUUUGAGGGACCCAAGUCAAACUGUUCUAAAAAAUAACCCCCCAAAUUUGCUUACGGAGGAGCACGGUCACUUGCUUCCUCUAAAAUCACAAUCACCUCCUUUGGUGCCCUUGAAUCAUCAAUCAUCUGUUCAGAAUUUUCAAGGUCCUUCUAUUCCUAUUCAGCAGCCCACUUUAGCUCCCAGCACAUUGGAUGGACAGGCCCGCCUAUCUGUCAAUUCUAAUUUUUCGAUCCAUCCAAUCCAGUCCCCAGUCUCUCCAUAUAUUGAUUCUCAGAACCAUCGGCCUAGUUUUACAAAAGAAUUUAACAAUCAAGGUUCAAAGAGAACUAGGUCACCUCCUUCAUCAUUUACCAGCAUACACGAGAAUUUCAAUGAUGCUCAGAAGGACUUUAGAAGGCCUUCUAUAUCUGCUAGAUUGGGAAGCACAUCAAAUGUUCUAAAGACCAGCCCUCAAUCUCAACUUCACCAAAUACCUUCGCCGGUUAGUGUUUCCGAAGAUGCUGGAAGCAGGCCCAUCAUCUCCACUGCUCCGAAAAGGACAAGGUCACCUCUUCCAUCAUUUUCAGCCAGUGAAACCUUUAAAGGAAACUCUGCUUCCUUGGAAGACAACUCUGAACAUGAAAUGUUAGCUAAGGCAAAACGUUUAGAACGCUUCAAGGAUGAGUUAAGCAAAUCCAAACCUAAUAAUGAUGAUGUUGCAGACCAUACAGCGUCUGUGUCAGAGAAGAAAUAUACGGAAGGGAAUUUAAUGGAUUCAGCUUCCGACUUUACAAAUGGCCAUGGUGUUUCUGAUAAUGAAGACCGGGAAACAUCCAAUGUUAUUAUUGGCUUAUGUCCAGAUAUGUGUCCUGAGUCAGAGAGGGGAGAGCGUGAAAGGAAAGGGGAUCUUGAUCAAUAUGAACGUGUGGGUGGGGACAGAAAUGUAACCAGCAAACGUCUUGCAGUUAAGAAGUAUACUAGGACAGCAGAGAGGGAAGCCAGCUUGAUCCGGCCCAUGCCCAUCCUGAAGAAGACAAUCGGUUAUCUGCUAACUUUGCUGGAUCAGCCUUAUGAUGAGAGGUUUCUUGGCAUAUACAACUUCUUGUGGGACAGGAUGAGAGCAAUUCGGAUGGACCUGAGAAUGCAGCACAUUUUCAAUCAAGGAGCUAUUACUAUGCUGGAACAGAUGAUAAAAUUACACAUCAUUGCAAUGCAUGAAUUAUGUGAAUAUAAGAAAGGAGAGGGAUUUACCGAGGGCUUUGACGCUCACCUCAAUAUUGAACAGAUGAACAAAGCUUCGGUUGAAUUGUUCCAGUUGUAUGAUGAUCACAGAAAGAAAGGAGUGGAUAUUCCCACAGAAAAAGAGUUUCGAGGCUAUUAUGCUCUUCUUAAAUUGGAUAAGCACCCUGGUUAUAAUGUUGAACCUGUAGAGCUCUCCCUUGAUCUUGCUAAGAUGGCUCCAGAGAUAAGGCAGACACCAGAAGUUCUGUUCGCCCGCAAUGUUGCAAGAGCUUGCAGAGUGGGUAAUUUUAUUGCUUUCUUUCGGCUUGCAAGAAAAGCAACUUAUCUUCAAGCAUGUCUAAUGCAUGCUCACUUUGCAAAGUUGCGUACCCAAGCCCUUGCUUCUCUACAUUGUGGUCUGCAGUAUAACCAAGGUCUUCCUGUUGGUCAUGUUGCUAAUUGGCUUGCUAUGGAGGAUGAGGACAUAGAGGGUCUUUUGGAGUAUCAUGGGUUCUUGAUAAAAGCAUUUGGAGAACCAUACAUGGUUAAGGAAGGCCUGUUUCUCAAUGCUGAUACUGCAUAUCCCAGAAAGUGUUCCAAACUCGUGCACAUGAAAAGGUCUGGGAAGAUCGUUGAGGAUCUUUCACCCUCAAUUCAUGCCGAAUCACUACCUCGUGAGACUGUGAAAAUGAUUCAGACGACGAAAGCAUACAAGCAUGAGCCCCAGACAGUUUCAGCUGCUGAAAACGAUAGUUCUGUCCAAAAGCUUCAUGAGGAAAUCCCAGACUCUAAAGCCAUUUACUCUGCGAUGAAUGGUAAAUCAGCAAAGGCAUUUAAGAAAAUGCAAGAUGUUCAGGAUGGUGUGAAAGAUUAUGAUAUGGCUAGUCCUCAUUCAUCACCAUUGAGCUUCCCUUUUGCUAAGAUUAUGCCUGAACCGCAACAUACAAUAAUUGGCAGCUUGAAGAGUACCAAUUCUUAUAUCAAUGUUGGAGCCUCACCAAAGAGAAACUCACACUCUAAUGUCGAUAUCAGGCCAUCGGAGAUUAUACCAAAAACUGUUCCACCAGAAAUUUCAUUAGCUAAUAAUUUUUCUUUGCCACCUCCUGCGGCCCAGAGUGUAUCCAAGGACGAGUCUCUGUUUAUUCACGAAGAACACGAAGAUAAUAUUCAUGAAGUUAGAGAAAGUUGUCACGAUGAAGAAGUUGCCGAGGCCAAGCUGAAGUUGUUCUUAAGGUUAUGGAGGAGACGAGUAUCAAAAUUAAGGAUGUUACGGUUAGAGAGGCAAUUGGCAUCAAAUGCUGCAUUGGACUCCUUAACAUUGGGCCCCCCUGUUCGAUAUUGUACAGAAAAACCUGGUAACUUUGACAAGUUUGACAUUGAUAUAAUGAUGAGGGAGAGAUAUGAAAAACAGGAAAACUCAUGGUCAAGACUUAAUGUUUCUGAUGUAGUUGGAGAUACACUAGCCAGAAGAAAUCCAGAUGCUAAAUGCUUGUGUUGGAAAAUUAUUUUAUGCUCUCAGAAGAGCAGUGCAUAUGAAAUGGGAAAAGCAGGUUUGUGGUUAACCUCAAAGUUCACGCCUUCAAGCGAUGAUGAUGAUGUGGCAAUUUCAUCUUCUGGCUUGGUAAUAUGGAGGAAAUGGAUUCCUAGUCCUACGGACAUUGAUCCUACCUGCUGCCUCUCUGUAAUUAGAGAUACAUCAGUUGGUAGUCAAGAUGAGGUAGUAUCAGGGGCAAGUGGAAUUUUGUUUCUAGUGUCUGAGAGCAUCUCAUGGAAACAUCAGAGAGUUCAUCUCCAUAAUCUUUUGAUGUCAAUUCCCUCUGGUGCUUGCUUACCUCUACUGAUCCUAUGUGACUCAUACGGUUCCUCUUCUGAUAUAAUCAAUGAACUGGGCCUUCAAGACAUUGAUAAAUUGCCGGUUAGUAGCUUUCUUCUUGUUUUCCUCAGGGAAAACCAGCAGAUGAAGCCCCUGGAUGGAUUUUUCAGCGAUAGACAGUUAAGAGAAGGACUGCAGUGGCUGGCAGGUGAAUCACCCUCACAGCCCAACAUUCACUGCGUGAAAAUCCGAGAACUUGUUCACACACACAUUAGUUCCUUCUCAGGGGUGCAGGACAUCAUUAGUAACUCCAAGUUGAGCCCUAAUGAUUGCAUCUCUCUGUUCAAUAGAGCCUUGGAUUGUUCAAUACAGGAAAUUGUUGAUGCUGCCAAUUCAAAUCCUGAUGGUUGGCCAUGUCCAGAGAUUGGUUUACUCGACAAGUCUUUUGAUGAAGAUAGUAGAAUGGUAAAAAGGUACUUGCCAACUUUGGGAUGGAGCUCAAAUUUGAAGACUCAACCAAUCAUCUAUGCUUUACAAAACUGUAAGCUCCCUGCUUUUAACGACGAUUUGUCCUGGUUGGCCAGAGGUUCGAAAUUUGGGCAGGAGAUGGAGAACCAGAAGAAACAGCUUGUGAAUUGCUUGUACCAGUACCUGACUCAUACUAGUAAUAUGAUGGAUAUUUCAUUGGCAAAACAGGAGGUGCACAUAAUAACACAGAAAUGGGCUAGGCUUGAGUUGUGCGGCUCCAGCUACCAUGUAAUUCCACAUUGGGGUAUGAUUUUUCGUCGAAUUUUUAAUUGGCGAUUAAUGGGUUUAUCUGAUAAGGAAGUUUCCACAGCUUACAUCUUUGAAUGUCGUCAUCAUGACGUUGCUCUUCAAAAUGUGGGCUUUGAAGCAUGUUUAUCCUCAUCCUAUCAUCCGGAUACAUCUCUAGAUGAAAUGAUCGUUGUUUGCUGCAACUCUCCUCUUCCUGCUAUUGAUAUGCAGCCAAGGCCCAAAGCACUUCAACAUCUUCAACAAAUGGAUUUUGAUUACGAGACUACUAACUCGAGGGAUCCUGAAAGAAAUCUUGGACUUGAUGAAUUGCCUAACAUUAACACAGCUAGCACAUAUGGUAUAAACAAUGGCAAUAGUGAAGCUUUAGUGAGUAGGAAACCAUCCAAAGAAGCUGAGAAAUUAAGCAAACUAUUGGAGCAAGUUAACUUGAUGCAGGAUGGUAUUGGCAAGAAGCUGUCUGUAUACUUCUGAUUGUGUUGUUGUAUGUAUCUAAAACUAAACUUUAGUAACUGAAGCAUUAGAAAAGCAAUAUUGAUGCAAUGCUGGUUUACGUGAAAUUUUGCAUGAUUAUUAAUGGCAGUUUUUUAAAAGCAA